AGCAAUAGCAGUUGAGACUUGAGAGAGAUAGCAGCAGAGGGAAUGGAACAACAGGAAGCCAAAGGGGCGACGGAGAAGAAAGAGAGAGAGAAGGAAUUCAUAUGCAAGAGAUGCAAACAGAACUAUACUACGUCGUCUAACAACCCUACCUCCUGCCGCUUUCAUCCUUCCUUCUUCGUGUGCCGUCGUCACGAUGAUCAGAAGAGGUACUAUGAGUUGAGACCUGAAGAUCCUCCCUACGCUGCCAAAUUCUACGAUUGCUGCGGGGCAGAGGACCCGAAUGCAUCUGGCUGCAGUACCAGUAUCCAUGUUUCAUACGACGAGGAGUAAUGAAAUUAGUGCUCUCUGUCAUAGCUCAGCGUUGCCUGUAAAUGAAUUAUUCUGAAAAACUACUCUUCUCCGUUCAAUAUAAAUCGUUUUCUCUC